AGGUGACCAAAGACACGGCCAACUCGCAUCUGGAGCAGAAGGCCAAGAGUGUGCAGUCGGAGGAGUCGACCAAGUCGGUGUCGGAAUCGGUGGAGAAGCUGGCCAACGGUGGCGUGAAAAAGAAGACGGUAAUGUCCUCGUCGCAACAGUUCUCGUCCGAGGAAUCCUUUGAGGAGAGCUGGUCGUCCUCCGGGCCUGUCAUUACCACCACCGUGCCCAAGCAAAUCGAACAAUAAUAUAUUAUUAUAUUUUAUUAUCAUCUACGUAUUUCAAUAAUAAUUAACGACGAUGAUUUACGGUACGAUACCGCGUGCGACGAUGUAAUAUUGUAUUAUAUUGCAUUAUAAUAUUAUAAUAUGGUGAUGAUAAAUAGAUCACGCGGAUAAAUCUGACGGUCAAUAAUGUUGCAUUUAUCAUUGUUAUACAUGUACUGUAUUAUAAUAUAAUAUUACAUACGUACGCGUGGGGUAUACUGCUUGUCAUUAUAUUAUCUCUAACUGUCUAUACACAAUAUUAAAAUGUUAAUGUAAUAAUAUGUAAUUUUUUUUCGAUUGUUUUCAACGCACACAAUAAUUUUAACCGGACAUUAUACAAUAUAUUAUUAUAAUAUUAUACUAGUGUCAUUUAAUAUAA